AUGUUGAUUCACUUCCCAGCAGACUUCGGAAAGAACGGCUCCAGAAAGGAACGCCAAGUCGAGUGGAAGGCACUGGAAGCCUGGGCCAAGAGUGGUAAGGCAAAGGCCAUUGGCAUCUCACAUUACUGCAGGCGUCAGUUGGAUGAUAUCCUCCAGGUGGCCAGCGUCCCAGUGGCUGUGAACCAGGUCCAGUACCAUGUCGGCAUGGGCACUGCAGGGCGCUUGGCGACUGAUGACAAAAGCUACAUGAAACAGAAGGGCGUUCUAUACCAGUCCUUCUCACCACUUUGUGGUCCUUGUGAUCCACCAGACAACAAGGAGCUCUUGACUGGUUCUUUGGUCACUACAAUUGGAAAGCACUACAACAAAACUGGGCCUCAGGUGGCUCUGCGCUGGCUUGUUCAACAGGGCAUCCCUGUGAUUCCCAAAAGUCACGUUGCAGCGCAUCAGAAGGAGAACAGUGAGAUCUUCGACUUUGAGCUCAAUGAGCAGGACAUGGCGCUCCUGACUGCUGCCACCCGCCCUGCAGUGGGUGGUGGUCCCAGCGCCUCUGACAGCGGCGACUGCGGCAUUGAGGAGCUCGUGGUCUGA